ACAGUUGACGCAACGCGGAAGUUUGGGUUUCUUGUGUUCGGGUUAGCAACACUUCGUGACGCAGACGUUUUCCAUCUUGCUAAUGUUUUUAAUUAGUUGAGAGAAACAGCGUUUGUCAGUGGAAACUGUUGGAUAUACGGCAAGAAAAUGAAACGGUUUAUUACAGUUGUGUUUUUGUUUUUAUUGGUGGGGGACACCAAAAGUUGGGACGACGGCAGCGUGCUGUUGCGGGAUGUCCAAGUUUUGACUCUGUACAGGGGUCGCUACACCACGGCGAGGCGCUCCAGCCCCGUCCCUCAGCUCCAGUGUGUCGGAGGCUCGGCAGGCUGCAAGGCCUUCGUCCCGGAGGUGGUCCAGUGUCAGAACAAAGGCUGGGAUGGAGUGGAUGUGCAGUGGGAGUGUAAGACCGAUAUGGACAACGCGUACCGAUUCGGUCGCAUUGAGGUGAGCUGCGAGGGCUACAGCCACCCUGCUGAUGCCUACAUAUUGAAGGGCUCCUGUGGGCUGGAGUACACGCUGGAACUGACUGAAGAGGGCAGGAGGACACACACUGGAUUCAAGGGAUUUCAAGAUCUUGGGGGCUUUGCCUCCAGUUUCUUCAGUGGUUUUUCGGGAAGCAAGCAUCAUCCUCACCAGCACCACCAGCAGAACCACCAGAGCUCCUAUCCGUCAGCCAGUGAGGACUCAGGAAGUCUGCUGGUGAUCGCUGUGCUUCUGCUCUUAGCCUACGGCAUCUACAAGCUUUUCCUCAGUGGGAACACAUCCCAGUCGGGGCCGGACUAUGGGCAGGCUGGUUACUCCAGAGAUAAUUACCAUGGUUCCACCGCAGGACCACCCCCCCCAGGAUUCAAACCUGAUUUCACAGACUAUCCUGGUGCCACCCCAGGCUAUGGUUUCCACAGUGACUACACUUAUAGACAUCAGUACCCAGGAGGCCGAGCUGGUGGCACAGGUGGAGGCUUCUGGACCGGUUUGGGGACAGGAGGCCUGCUGGGAUAUCUAUUUGGCCGUCAGAGAAACCAGCCCUACAACUAUAACUACUCCAAUUACAAUGACAGCAGACGUCCUCCUGCUGGAAACCCCUCCUCUUCCUCGGGAACCCGCACUGCUUCAGGUUUUGGAGGAACCAAGAGAAGAUAGAAGCUGUGAAGGUGGACUGAUUUUCUGCAAUAGUUGACAAUGAAAGAAUUUGACCUGGUGCACUUUUAACAGAGGACCUCAGUGUUGGCUGCUGCACCAUGAGAAGAGACUCUCUCCAUGCAGAGAUGAACAGAACUUUGAUGUCAUCUAAUGACAGGAAGCACUUGUUUUUCUGUGAACGUGUGGUUUCAGUUUUAGCCUGAUGGCCUCAUGUUUGGAAGAUCACCGUAUGACUUUCAUGCAUUUUAAGAAGGUGAAUGCUUUGCAGUUGUUUGUUGAUUUGAUCAGCAUGUUGUAGGUAAGGUGACAUGUUAUUGCAGAGGUGGUCAGGUGGUUACAUAGGUAAUAGAUGACAGAUCUCUCUUGCAAACCUUUUGAAUUUAUAUGAAUUAAUAAGUUUAAAUGCAGCUGAACAGAGAUAAGAAUGAUGACUCAAAUGAUUUGAAUUGGUUAACCAGAAAAGUCUCAUGGAAAAAAAGACCAUGUUUUUAUUGUACAUUCGUCCAUCUGUCUGUCUCACCAUUGCUUUAUUUGCCUUUACUUGCAGGCCCUCACACCUUUGCUUUCUGUAUCUCUGAACAAGAUCAGUUUAAAUACAGUUGAGGUUAUGAUGUGUGAUAUUUUGAUAACUAAGUAAUAAAAAGAGACAAAAAAAUGAUGCUCCAUGUUUCUUUGCCUCAAA